UCUCUCUCUCCCUCCCCAGUGCCUCUGAGCCUCCAGUGCAGUUCAGAGUUUCAGAGCAACGCAGGAUGAGAUGCAGGACAGAGUCACUUUCACAUCAUGGAGAAGUUCUAGCGCCAGAAACCAGAAGCCAGAAACCACCGGAAGCCUCUUAAGAUAAAGGGAGACGAGCUGAAAUUUUGGCAGCAUGGGCAACUACCCUGGGAAAGAGCGGCAUGGAUCCACAGGUACCGCUGAUGCGUUUCAGACACCUUCCACAUCUCCGUCGUCUCCUCUCUCUCCUGUUUCACCUGGAAACGCCCAACCUUUCUCAAGCCCCACCCACCCGGACCUUAACCUCUCCCCUGAGAGAACACCCUCCCCCACCACGGCCGGCCCAGUUGACUGUCUGUCAUCAGACGGAGUUGGAUAUAAAAACCGAAACGCCCCUGUGGCUCUCAGAAAGCCCAGUGACGGUCCUAUAAUCCCCUGCAAGCGGAGGCAGAAUUCAACAUCCACCUCACCUGUGCAGGUGGAGCCGCCCCUGAGUGGGCGGGCCGGUGAAGCCGGGGUGGAGCAGGGCCUUCUGCAUGAGUGUGUGGUUUCCUUGGGGCUCUGUGUGACAGACGAGAAGACACACACACUAUCGGAUUUGCUGCGGUGCCUUCUGACUGAGAGAGAGCAGAUGAAGGACGAGCUGAAGAGUCUGAAGGAAAAACUGCAGACAGAGCGUACCGAGUGGCUGCAGUUCCAGUCUGACCUGCAGGUGGCGCUGGUGGUGGCCGACCGGCUGAGAACCGAAGCCGAAGAAGAACUGAGCGCGCUCCGAGAGGCGCGGGAGGACUGGGAGAGGAAGCUGACCGACUCCCAGCAGGGCCAGCGAGAGGUCGAAGGUCAAGUGGAGCGCCUAAAAGCAGAGCUCAUGCAAAGCAAACAAAGACUCAGCCAAAGGACAGAGACUCCAAGCCAGCAGGGGGCGACAGAAGGGUGUGUAAGGAACACAAUGGAGAGACGGGGGGAUGAGCAAAGGACAGGAGAGGAAAAGAGAAAAGAGAAAGAGGCAGGAACUACAGAAAAGCUAAAAAAGCAGUCAGCGUCCCCCGCCAGCCUAGUAAAUGGUACAUCCCAGACGUCUUUAGCACCCAUCCCAAACCCUGUGAAGAAAACCACUCCAUCCAGAGAGAGGAAUGUGGACCUGCCUGAUAACCUGAUUAAUUUAUACAAAGAUAAAAAGGAGGACAAUCCAUCUUUACACCCGUCUCCUGUUAUAGACCUUUCUCCAAACAAAACGAGCAAGAUAAAGCCUCAGGAGGACUUCAGUAAGCUGCUCAGGCUUCACGGCGGAUCCAAACGCAACUCGCUCCUGCGCUGGAGUCAGAACCGAACCAGCGGAUACAAGAACAUCGAGAUCACGAACUUCAGCAGUAGCUGGAUGGACGGCUUGGCUUUCUGUGCCGUGUACCAUAGUUACCUCCCAUCACACAUUCCCUACAACACGCUCAGGCCGGAGAACAAGAAAGAAAACCUCUUGCUGGCAUUUCAGACAGGAGAGAGUCUGGGAAUCGCCGCGUCACUGGUCAGUUUUCGCAACGAUCCGAUGUACACGCUGAAUCCCGAGCUCGUAACGAGGCCUAUUUUUCAACCUGUGUUUCCUUUAAGACCGCAGACGAGAUGAUGAAGUCCGAAGGCCCCGACUGGCAAAGGGUUCUGGGAUACGUGGAGAGCAUAUACCGCCACUUUGAGAUGUGACCUCUUUGGAAGGUUUUAGAAUUCUCCUCCUGGUUUUUCUGGAGCUCUGGCGUCGUUUGAAAACCGUUCCAAACUUCUCGUCGGACAUCAGCGAGAUCGGUUCCACGAGCUGGCUUCGCGUUUGAGCUCCACCGUGUGGAGAAAGAAAGAAAAACAAACGGAAAUGGAGAUCAGUCAUGAGUGCUAGUGGAUCCCAAAAAAGCCAGUGAUAUUGUGAUGCAAAUUAGUAAUGGGAAAUGUUUGGGUUUUGUUUUUGGUUUGUUUUUAACAUUGAUUUAAAAAGAGGAACAUUUAACUUGAGCAUAUAAUGAAAGAAUUGCGCUAGUGUUGCACUUGGGAGCGUGCUGUUAUAGGAAAAUAAUCCGCGACGGAUAGGCGUGAUGAAGCCGGAUUAACGUUAUCACACCGCAGUCGAUUCUUUUCCUGGAACAGCAAGUCCCACAGUGUUUUAUUCCUCUCGAUCCACAGCAUUUUUCCACCAAAUACCAAUUUUAGUUAUUACAAAAUGACACAUCAGACUAUUUUUUUUGCUUCUUAUAGCUACGUUUAAUGGCGUGGAUCGUCCAGGAAGCAAGUUCACUCCUGUCAUCACUUACGUUAUAGCAGCUACAGACAGUCGUUUCUUCACCAGCCUCUCGGUUCCUCCUCUCUUUUACAGUCCUUCCCGACUGCCCCGACCCCGGAGACUCCGCCCCAUAAAUAUCAAAUACACCUUAUAUAUCUCCUUGCGGAAAACUUCACCACAUCGUAUAACGAUUGCAGACUUUUCCACCCGUUUAACAAGGUUUUGUUUUUGCUGGGUUUUUACGACCGAUCUAGGGCGAUGUGAUUAAAAAUCGUAAGUUCGCAAUUGUUUUUGUUGUUGUUGUUUAGCAUGUAAAAAUCAAAAACAAGUAUUUUACAAGGAAUGAUUGGACAAUUUGUGUGUUCGGGGGUCACCCUAUAAGCUACUUGUCAACAGUGGAAUCGGUUACUAUUUAAAAAAGCAAAUAAAUACUUAUAAUAAUAAAUGCAAAAUUGUCUGUAAAAUAUCCUGUGACAUCGCGUAGCCCGAUGCUCAUACGUCGUCACAUCGCUCCCGCCGAGUGCGAAGGCUAGGAACAGAUAUAACGGAUGCAAAUCCGCAGAUAUUCACAAAGACAAAUACAGGUGCUCAUACGGCGUCACGUCAAAAACAAACAUUAGCUAGGUUAAAUCGUUAACGUGUGUUUACAAACGUUAGCGCGGUCCUGCGUUUAGAUACCAUGCUAUCUGAUCAUUAACACCAUCAGCAUCUGUUUAGCUACUCAAGUGUAACUUAAACCCCACCCUUGCUGACUCGGAGGCACCUGUGACUUGGCCAAAUCAGCCAUUUCUGGCCUGGACUCUGUGUUAAAGCUUGCAUUUGGAAGUAGUGAGGUUACUGUGAGUCACUCGAUAAGAUAUGAGCACUGAUAAGCGUCUUCGAGUAUCGACAAGUCUAGGAUUUCGGUCAGGACUGUGUGUUGUUGUUAACGCACUCUUCUUCGCUAAGAGUGCCGCUAUUGGACUGGUUUCACUGAAACAGCUCUCAAUGACCACAAUAUUGUUUUUUUUUGUUUUUUUUUUGCAGUUAUAAAGAUCUCCAAACUUUUGUUCAUGUACAGCUUUCGUAGCAUCCAAUGUGUGGAACGUGGACUUCAGAAUAAUGGCAUGUCUUACUUUUGUGAGCUUCACAAACAAACAAACAAACAAAUAAAUAAAUAAAAUCACCAGCAUUACUGCUGACAGUGUGCUGAACUCCAACACUCGUGUAUUAACAAAUACCAUAACGUGACUGUUAAAGUGCCUUUCAUGUGAUGUAUAUAUUAAAACUUCAGUCUUGUGCCAAAGUCAAUAACAUUUAUUAAUAAAGAAAUAUUUUCAUUA